UUGGCUUCGGCUUCUCAUGCACUGUGCACUGUUGGUGGUAGAAGAAAGAGCCAUGCCGUGCCGAGCCAAACAAACCAAACCAAUAGCCAGCAACUUGGCUCAGUCUCGCAGAAACGCUCAAAGCGUUCAGACAGCACUGGUGACUCGGACCACUCCGGUUGUGUGGCCAGAAAAGAAAACAAGCCCAGCUUGGAGUAACUUUCGUGCCAGUCCCGAACUGGAGAAAGGCCUAGAGAGACCCGAUCCCAAGCUCAUAAGCAUUUUUGCCAAGCGGGUGGCACAAAACACUCUCCAAUAUACAUACACACUCGCUUUCCACCAAACUGGCCACCAAAAGUAUGAGCUGACAUUGAUUCUGGGCCAAGACGGUGGUUCAGGGCUAUCGGGAUUACAAGUUGUUAACACAGUAGCCACCAAAAAAGAAAUAAAAUAAAAACAAAACCAGUUGAAGGGCAACGAGACCAGCUUCUCACCUGGCCUCCACCUGGCGCAUGCGUGCACGUGCAUAUGGAAAGAGACUCCAACUCAGACUCAAGAGAGAGUGUUUUGAGAGUUUUUUGUUUAAAAAAAAACUGGGCCAAGAACGAUCACUCGACAUCAGCUGAUGGGACAGUGAUAGUGGCUCUGAAACUGUGAGCGGAAGUGGUGUUCAAGUGACAUUGCAUAAUAUACACCCGAGCACCCGAAAUAAAGACAUAAACUAAAGCCAACUAACCACAAUAAACGAGAAAUGUAUAGGAGACCUGUGACAAAAUUGGCAAACUGUCCAAAGUGUGUGAAAAUAAUAACAAAAUCGGCAAACAGCGAACGAUAACAUAAAAGCCACGCUUUGUUCGUGACUCGUGGGUAAAAUCCCAAAAACUAACAAAUAAUACAAAAAGAUAAAUAAAUAAAUUGUUAGCCAAGUAAAUAAAUAAAAAAAAAAAAAAAUCCCAGAGGGGAGAAACAUAAAAGAAAAUCAUUGCGAGCAAAAUUCGUAAAAUGUCCAAACUGUUGAAAAUAAAUUCACUUUCGUUGGUGCACUGCCUGGCGGCGCUGCUUUCUGUGGCAGCGCUGCAGUCUCCACAACAACAACAACAACAACUACUAACAGCAACUGUUGCAACUGCUGCAGUAGCAGGAGCAGCAGCAACUACACCAGCAACACAAGCACCAACGAGCAACAUCAGACUUUUGAAUGCAACGUCGGAUGGUGGUGUGGCUGCCACUUUCAUCGACAACACCAGCAGCAAUAUCAACAUAAAUAGCAAUACCAAUAGCAACAGCAAUGAAGCUGCAGCUGCCACCUUUUAUGACCAACAGCAGCAACAACAUCAACAACAACAAGCAAAAUUGCAACAGCAAAAACCAACAACAGUGCAAUUUGCACAAAUAUCGGCAUUAGACAAAGAAGUAGUCGAUCGGCUGAUCAAGCAAUGGGCGCCCAUCGUUUGGCUGGCGCCCGAGGAGAAGUUCAUGCCGCUGGGCGUCGAGGAGUUCCUCCAGCACGUCCAUCCCAUGGACAAGGGCAGCGGCAGCUUCCGACCAGGUGUCCCCUUCAGCGAGUACUCCACCAAGUCGCAUCUGGUGACGAACAACGAGGUCCAGGAACUGCUGGAGAACGAACAGUCUUUCAUCUACGGACGGAAUCCCAACGAGAAACCUGUGCCCAUCUACGGGGUGGUCAGCCUCUGUCCACCGAAGAGGGACUUUAUGAGUCCAGUGGCACCUCCGCUGGCCAGCACUCGUGGCCCCUACAUACCGGUGUCCAUUGAUCCCCUGGAGGAUCGGAACAACACGGUUAGGAGGUCCUCGCGCUUGUAUCCACUCUUCCAGAGAGUGAAGCGCGAGGCACCCAUGUACAGUCCCCCGCUGAACGAGUACGAGGAGUUGGUGGUGGCGGAGACGACCCCGCGACCUCAGCCGGAGAAAGAUCUGGAGCAGGAGCCGGACAGCAGUGUUCCUGUCAACAAUUUCAUCGCCAAUCUGGCGGAUAAUGUCAAGUUCAGUGGAGGAACCGACAUGGACGACAAUCUGGAGGAGAACAGCAUCGGAGAGGCGCCGGAGCAGGAGGUGAAUGGUGGGAAGGGCAAGCUUCCGGGCUUCCAUGUGACCUACUGGAUGUUCUAUCCCUACAGCCAGGGCAAGACCAUGUGCACCGUCAGCCUGGGUCCGCUCGGCAGGAUUCCCUUUCCAGCUGUUUAUGGCUACUGUCUCGGGAAUCGCAAGGAUAUUGGCAGCCAUGUCGGCGAUUGGGAGCACAUGAGCCUAUACUUUAAUGGGGAUGCCGAGCCGCAAGCCAUGUAUGUCUCGGCCCAUGAUGCGGGGGCCUACUACACUUACAACCGCCUGACAGGCUCCUUUGAGUUUCGGCGGCAGGAGACGCGCAAGGGCAUCCUGCAGCGCCCCAACUUUCCCAAAACGGUGACCACUUUCAAGAACCAUCCGGUUCUGUUUGCCGCCAAGGGGUCUCAUGGCCUGUGGACAGCUCCCGGCAAGCACCGAUUCGUCAAGGUGGCUCGUCUCUACGACAUUAAUGGAUUCGGAACACCCUGGAAUACUUGGAAGGCCGUGGACAUAAGCUACGAGAACCUGAGAUCGUAUGGACGAUCUUUGGUGCCCGAUUGGCUGACGUAUCGCGGCAAGUGGGGCAACCCGAAGAGCAAAUGCCAUCCCUUCCGGCGGAUCGGAUUGAACUUCUGUGAGUUUACGGAUGGACCGACAGGCAUACCCCUCAAGGAGCCACACUUCCAAUGCGGCGCCGACUACCGCUGAGUAGUCAGCCCCUCCUAGGCUUAGACUAAUCUUUAGCAAAGUAUUUAUUGUGAAAUCCACCCAAAAAGAUCCCUUCAAUGAUUAAAAAUGAAGCAACAGUAUAGGAAACUACUUACU